CUGCAGCGAACGGGAGGCAGGCCGGUGUUUUUCCACAACUGAUGUCUAAUGGUCACCCAUGUUGAGAGACAAAGGUCAGGAAAAAAAGCUCAUAAACUAAAUUUACCGCUGCCGCUGUUAUUCAGCAGUCAGUCGCCGCACAAUACAGAAGGGACAAGACAGUUUCAAAGGAAUUAAAGGAAAUAAACAAUAAAGCAUGGCUCAAAAGGAGAAACUCCAGUGUCUGAAGGACUUCCACAAAGAUAUUCUGAAACCCUCUCCAGGAAAGAGCCCAGGCACAAGGCCGGAGGACGAAGCCGAGGGAAAACACCCUCAAAGGGAAAAGUGGGCUAGCAAGCUUGACUUUCUUCUGUCAGUCGCCGGGGGCUUCGUUGGUUUAGGGAACGUUUGGCGGUUCCCGUACCUCUGCUACAAAAAUGGCGGAGGUGCUUUUCUCAUCCCAUACUUCAUUUUCCUGUUCGGUGGAGGACUGCCUGUGUUCUUCCUGGAGGUGGCACUCGGCCAGUUCACCUCUGAGGGUGGGAUCACCUGUUGGGAAAAACUUUGCCCCAUAUUUACAGGUAUUGGCUACGCGUCCAUCGUGAUCGUUUCUCUGCUGAACAUCUACUACAUUGUGAUUCUGGCAUGGGGUUUGUACUACCUGUUCCAGUGCUUUCAGCCAGAGCUCCCCUGGGCAAGCUGCAACAACAAAUGGAACACAGAAAAUUGCAUUGAGGAUACUCUCCGCAAGAACAAGACACUCUGGGGUGCUGUGAAUGCCACUAACUUCACUUCUCCCGUCACUGAGUUCUGGGAGCGAAAUGUCCUCAGCAUCUCCGAUGGUAUCGAGGACGUGGGUCAUGUUAAAUGGGACCUGGCUCUGUGUCUACUCGCUGUGUGGGUCAUCUGCUUCUUCUGUAUCUGGAAAGGUGUUAAGUCCACUGGGAAGGUUGUGUACGUCACGGCAACAUUCCCGUUUGUCAUGUUAAUUGUCCUGCUUGUCCGUGGUGUCACUCUUCCUGGGGCAGCCGAGGGCAUCAAAUUUUAUCUGUACCCAAAUUUGACUCGCCUUGGAGACCCAGAGGUGUGGAUCGAUGCAGGGACACAGAUUUUCUUUUCCUACGCCAUCUGUCUUGGAGCCAUGACGUCACUGGGAAGCUACAACAAGUACAAAUACAACUGCUACAGGGACUGUUUGCUGCUGGGAGGCCUGAACAGCGCUACCAGUUUUGUGUCUGGCUUCGCAAUAUUUUCCGUCCUGGGCUUCAUGGCACAAGAGCAAGGGGUGGACAUAGCCGAUGUGGCAGAGUCAGGUCCUGGCUUGGCCUUCAUUGCUUACCCUAAAGCCGUGUCUAUGAUGCCACUGCCUACGUUUUGGGCCAUUCUUUUCUUCAUCAUGCUUCUGCUGUUGGGCCUCGACAGUCAGUUUGUCGAAGUGGAAGGGCAGAUCACAUCCCUAGUGGAUCUGUAUCCAUCCUUCCUACGGAAGGGUUAUCGGCGUGAAAUCUUCAUAGCUAUAGUCUGUUUUUUGAGCUACCUGUUGGGACUUACCAUGGUCACCGAGGGUGGCAUGUAUGUGUUUCAACUCUUUGACUACUAUGCAGCCAGUGGCGUGUGCCUUUUAUGGGUUGCAUUCUUUGAAUGUAUUGCUGUAGCCUGGGUUUAUGGUGCUGAUAAUUUCUAUGAUGCGAUUGAAGAGAUGAUUGGUUACAGACCAAAUCCCUGGAUGAAGUGGAGUUGGACUGUAAUUACACCUUUUCUGUGUGUGGGAUGCUUUAUCUUCUCAUUGGUCAAGUACACGCCCCUGAGAUACAACAAAGUCUACGAGUACCCGGACUGGUCCAUCGGAGUCGGCUGGACCCUCGCUCUGGCGUCCAUGAUCUGCAUACCUAUGGUGGUUGUGAUCAAAAUCAUUCAAUCAGAUGGACCCCUCAUCGAGAGGAUCAAAGCCGUGGCGGCCCCCGUGAGGGGCGGGGCCAGUUCUUGCCCCCCAGAGUACCAGCCCAAGAGCAACGAGCUGGCGCAGCCGCUGGAUCCCAACUGGAACGGAGGCUUGACGAAGCCAACACACACCAUCGUAGAAACUAUGAUGUGAACGCUCUCUGUGAGAGGAUUCAAAUGACCUGCUUUUCCAUUAUAUAUAUAUAUGUAUAUAUAUAUAUGUGAUUAUAUAUACAUAUAUUAAAAUAUACUCUGUAACUUUUGACAUAGUCGUAGGACCAGGUUUACAUUGCUACGCAUCUGCACUAGGAGUCCUUGUUUUGUUUUGUUUUUCUACAGAGGAAGUUACAUUUUUCUGUCUGUAUUUUUAAUAUUUUUAUCAUAAUACUAUUAUAUUACUAUUAUCGUCGCUGUUAUUAGACAGAGAACAGAUCGCAACCAGCAGUAUCAUGAACGUAGAACCAUGCCCGUUCUAUUUUUGUAACUUUUAUCUUGUACAUAUAUUAAAAUCGAAAUUGAGCUGAGCUUAUUUUUAGACAAGAUUCAUUGGGGAGGGGGGACAACAAAAAAACAAAGGGCUCCGUAAACAUGAAUCGUAAAAAGUAACAUUGGUGUACAAAGAUUUAAAAAAUACCACCCUCAUCCUCGCCCAUCGUGAUGUUCCUGGAUAGUUGUGUCCCAACAAACUGUUUAGACUGGAGAUUGUGCAGUCCGGAAGAAUCGAGCCGUUAGCCCUGCUUGUUUUCAGUGCACUAUACAACCUAGGACACUAGAAUCUACACAAUGGUGCUCCCUUAGUUUAAAAGGACAGUUUGCGCAAAAAAAAAAGAAAAAAAAAAAGAAAAGAAACGGAAAAACUUCUAAAUAUCUGUUCAGUUGAAGAAAGCAACGAUCAGUUAACGAUAACCGAAUUUUCAUUUUUGCGCGAACUAUCCCUUUAAGUCUAAAUGUUUUGUAAGAGAUCGUUUUCCGACGUCAAGAGUUAUACUUUGGAUAUGCUAAUUCUUUAACAGUAUCUCUUCCCUCUUCUAAAGAUGCGUUCAAAUGGAGCGAUUUCGUUGCAAAGUUGCGAAUAUGGGCGUCUCCAUUCUAUUUGCGAUAUUACCGUUUUUUUCUUGUUGCGAUUUUGCGUUUCGUAAAUUAGCGCCUGAUUUGACAACAUAUCAAUUUUUUUUUAUUUUGAGGGGUCGGGAUGUGAAGCUGCCUGGCAAGAUUACUUUAAAACCACGUAGAAUUUACGUUUUGCGUAUGUAUCAAAUCUGUUUAUUUUUAUUUCCAAUCACAUUUGCCUUUUGUAUUCAAAAACAUCACUGUAUUCUCAAUAGAUCGCAUCCACAACUGUUAAUCGACGAAGAAAAAAAGCUUGCCGCGAACUGUAAUGUGCAAUACUUUGUAGAACGAAAUGCAUUGUUCCUGUUUUUACCUGUCUUUCAAAAAAGUUGGUACUUGGAAGUGUGUAAUUGCGUAUGAUUUAUGAGCAGUUGUAAUAUGUCAGAAACAAUGAACAGGGGCCAAUUUAAGCUGCCGUACGUGGCGUGCUGAAUUAACACCAAAAACUCAAUGCAGAUCUACUUACUGUGACAAUUUAUACAUUAUAUUUUAUUAAAAUUUAAAGCUGAAAUCUAAGGUUUAUGCCAAUGUUAUGGAUUAAAUUUAUUGGAUUUUAAUAUUAUCUUUUGACUUGGCCAAGUUAAACAAAACUGUAGCCAAUUACAAAGGGAGAGGCUCAUUUGAUCUCAACAGCUUCUACCUUGGUACCUUUGGGAUACUUUUAUUAACUGCGAAUUAACAUGUAAAUGUUGAAAGAGGCACAAUUUCUUUAGCAAUACAGAGAUUUAAUUUGCAGUCUCAGGGUGUGUUUUAAAGACGGAGACUGAUUUCCCACUGUUGCACGUCUCUUUGAACCCUUCCAUUUUUGAAGAGGAGAUAAAGGGGACAGUGUUUCUAAAUGCAGAACCUUUUUCAAGUAAUGACUAGAAAUGUUUUAUUUUUUUAUUUCGAGGAUAUCUGUAAGUAAAAAAAAA